GCGUGGUGUCGGCUGGGGCUGUCACAUGCUGAAAACGAACACGACGCGAAGGCAAUCGUAGCAUUCAACAAGUGCCUCACUAUUCAACCGAACAACGAGGAGGCUCUGCUUGCAUUGUCUGUAUCGCUAGCCAACGAAUCUGUUGAUAAUGAAGCAUUGAAUCAACUGGAGAAAUGGUUGGUAGCACAUCAAGGCGGCGAUCCAGCUACGGUAGAAGAACGGUUUCUGAGAGCAGCACGGCAGCAGGCUGGCACUGCGGAUGCGGAUCUUCAGAAUGCUCUUGGAGUAUUGUACAAUUUGAGCAGAAAUUAUGAACGGGCUGUGGAGUGCAUAAGGCUUGCCAUAGCAAGUAGACCAGAAGAUGCGCGAUUGUGGAAUCGCCUCGGCGCGACGCUGGCUAACGGUGAUCGUACUCCGGAGGCAGUAGUAGCCUACAGAGAAGCGUUGAAGCGAUAUCCGCUCUACGUAAGGGCUCGGUACAAUCUUGGCAUCAGUUGUUUGCACCUCAACAGCUAUAGGGAGGCUGUUGAGCACUUCGUUUCUGCUUUGGAGUUACAGAAAGGCGGCGAACAAAGCUCAUCCAUAUGGCCAACACUGCGUUCUGCGGCAAUACGGAUGCGCGGUGCUCGUGAGGAACUCUUGCCUGCCUUGGAUAGACGAGAUUUGAAUGCAUUCAAGUCAGAGUUAGCUAGAAUGGGAGUUGAAUGA